AAAUCAAUCUAAAGUCUGUUUCGUUUUAACAGGACACUUACUGAAGAAUUCCUCUCUUUUGAAGCAUUCACCGGAUUUCAGGAUGAAAAAAAUUAUGAGCCGAACCACCAAAAAUGUCCUUGUGGUUUCAUUUGGAUUUCUGCUCUUAUUCACAGCAUAUGGGGGGCUGCAGAGUUUACAGAGCAGCCUCAAUGCUGAGAAUGGAAUGGGUGUUAUUUCACUCAGUGUCAUCUAUGGAGCCAUCAUUUUGUCCUCAAUGUUUCUGCCUCCGAUAAUGAUCAAAAAUCUGGGCUGUAAAUGGACCAUCGUCCUUUCAAUAUGUUAUGUGGCAUAUUCCUUUGGAAACCUUGCACCGGGCUGGCCAAGUCUGAUGACCACCUCUGCCAUUCUGGGUAUGGGAGGUUCACCGCUGUGGUCUGCAAAAUGUACCUAUCUCACAAUAAGUGGAAAUAGACGAGGCCAGAAACUCAACAAGAAAGGCCAAGAUCUCAUCAACCAAUAUUUUGGCAUCUUUUUCUUCAUUUUUCAGUCAUCAGCGGUGUGGGGAAACCUCAUGUCAUCUCUGAUAUUUGGCCAGGAUACUAGCAUAGAAGUCCCUGAGGAGAACCUGCAGUACUGUGGUGCGACAUCAUGCGUUGAAAAUUUCACAGUCGCAAACUCAACCCUUCCAGCAAGACACCUAGUGAAUACAUUACUAGGCAGCUACAUUGGUGUGGGUGUUCUGGCCAUAAUUUUUGUGGCGGUGUUCCUGGACAACAUCGACCGAGAUCUGGCCAGAGAAUUUCGUAAGAACAAGGGCAACCAAUCAUUUUGCAGCACCUUUCUGGCUACCUUCAAGCUCUUGAGAGAUCCUAGAUUGUUGCUUCUCAUCCCAUUGACCAUGUACAGUGGGUUUGAGCAAAGUUUCCUUGCUGGUGAAUACACAAAGAACUAUGUGACUUGUGCGAUAGGAAUACACUAUGUUGGCUUUGUGAUGAUCUGCUUUGGUGCUUCUAACUCCCUGUGCUCAUUCGCGUUUGGUAGACUGGCUCAAUACACUGGAAGAAUCCCCCUUUUUUGCUUGGCUGCAGCGACAAACCUGGGCUGUUUUCUGGGUCUUUUGUUCUGGGAGCCUCAUCCAGACCAGCUGGGAGUGUUCUUCGUGUUUCCAGCCCUCUGGGGGAUGGCAGACGCGGUGUGGCAAACACAAACCAAUGCACUUUAUGGCAUUCUCUUUGCUGAGCACAAAGAAGCAGCAUUUGCUAACUACCGCAUGUGGGAGUCACUCGGUUUUGUUAUAGCCUUUGCUUACAGCACAUUCAUCUGCCUGUCCACCAAAAUCUACGUUGCUCUGGCUGUUCUUGCCCUUACUAUGGUAACUUACCUUUACGUUGAGUACAACGAGUACAAGCAUCCAAAACCAAAAGUAACCAUUGAAGACUUGCAUAAACCAGAAAAGGCUGACCUCAAAGAAUUGAAUGACAAAGAUAAAAAAGAUAUCAUUGCUCAGACACAAAUGUAAAUAGAUUUUAGUUGAUAUUUCUGCAUCAGUAUGUAUUUCAAUAUGUAAAAUAUAGAUUUUUUUGUUCAUUCAGAAAUUAUUUUUCCGUAUGUUUUACAGUGUUGAGAAGCUAUUCUGUUUUUUUGAUGUAGCAUGUAAAUGUUUUGAUAAUUUUCUUUAUUAUUUUUUAUUUCUGUACAAAAGCACAAAUAAUGUUAAAAAUAAGCAUGUCAGGUUAACAUGAACAAAGUGUUUAGUAGAUAAGGAGAUCAUUUUUAAAAAAUAUGAUCAUAAAGUAGACUUGUAUUAUUUUGAGAUUGAUGUCUAUAUAUAAUAAAUCAGCUGCUUUUCCCAUAAA